AUGCAUCUUGAGAGUCUCAUCGAAGAGCUGGGCAGUUUCGGUCCCUACCAGAGAUGCAUCCACUGUAUUCUUGUGGUGUGCAGAGCACUUAGCGUCCCACCUAUGAUGAUGAUGGCCUUUGCAGGUGUUGAACCCGAUUGGUGGUUGGAACCUCGUGUGCAGCAAGAGAUGGAAUCGAUCCGCUGGCUAGCUGUAAAAGGACAUCUUGAGGAGGCGAGGCGCAUCGUCACCAGGAUUGCCAAAUUCAACAAGAAGCCUGUUCCAGACAUGUCCAUCUUGGAGCUGAUCGCCGAGGAGGAGAGGGCGGAGAGGAACAAAGCUAAAUCCUACUCCUAUAUAGAUCUGGUCAGAACCAGGACGCUGAGGUCGAGAACUCUGAUAACAAGCUUUCUUUGGAUAUCUAUAUCCAUUGUGUACUAUGUCAUAACAUUUGGUGUAAGGAACCUGUCAGGCGACUUCUAUCUUAACCUGAUGAUCAUGGCACUACUGGAGGUUCCAAUGUCUUUCGUGGAACUUUUCACGGUGUCAGUGUUCAGUCGGCGUUGGGCGUGCGCUAUACUGCUCUCGUUCUCAGCUGUUGCAUGUAUUGGUGUUUCCAUAGUAACAAAGCUGGCUCCUGCAGACAUCAAAGUGCCCUUAGAAAAUGGAUUUGCAAUCUCCGGCAAAUUAUCCACCGUCAGUGCAUGGGCAUUGAUUGAGACGUUGUCUAGUGAACAGUACCCAACCGUGGUCAGGAACUUGGCAUAUGCUGCUCAAAACACAGCUGCAAGAUCUGGAGGGAUCGUGGCAGCUCAGAUAUUCUCUUUGGAUUCCAAGGACGAUCUGAUGCCACCUUUCCUCGCCAUGGGAAUCUUGAUGUCUUUUACGGCAUUGUCAUGCUUUGGUCUUGAAGAGACGAGCGAAAAGGCAUUAGAGGACACAAUGAAGAAAUAUACAAGAGAGGGCGUGAAUGAAGAGGUUGAAGGAAGUCUUCCUCUGAACGAUAUUACUCUGACAAUGAAUGACAGUGGUGGGGCGAAGGGAGACAUCGCAGAAAUGGACGAAUAUUGUACCUACUAUGCAAAAUCAUGUGGUGGUGGUACUGAAGAAAGAGGAAGUAUUUGCCAGUCAAAGGUGAAGACAAUUGUGGGAUUGGUUGAUAACAGUAAACCAGAGAAGAAUGAAGGGGAGGAACAAAGGAGCAGUAACACGUUCCUCAAGUCAGAACAUGACAUAUAGGUCCGGCGUGUGUACAGUACAACCGACCUUGGUGGUGACAAACAAAUACAUAAUAUUGUCAUAUGACGAUCAUAACGAUAAAUGGUCAAAUAUUAAACACUUGAUUGUAAUCAUUGUCAACAGCAGGCGUCUUUCAGUCAGUAAGUUAACAUUUGU